GUAAAGUCCAGCACCACUGGAAUAUCAGCUACAGGAUCAGCCACAACUGGACAGUCAUCUGGAGUAUCUGAGUCCACUGAGCCAUCAUCUGAAGUAUUCAGAACAACUAGAUCAUCAACUCCUAUAUCAACUUCAACUGGACUAUUUUCUGGAGGUUCAGGGACAACUGGACCAUCUGUUAUAGGACCAGGAACAUCUGUGCCAUCAGCAGGAUUGACAGAGUCCUCUGGUCCAUCACCUGGGUUUGCAACAACUGGACAGUCCUCUGUAGGAUCGAGGACAACUGAGUCAUUGUCUGGAAGACCAGAAACCAGUGCAACCUUCAUAGGAAGUUCAGGCAGUACCAGUCCAUCCACAGGAGGAUCACAGACAACUGGACUGUCGGCCAAAGAAGCAGGGACAACAGAACAAGCAGCUGAGGUAGCAGGAACCACAGGACCAUUCCAUGGACGAACUGGAGCAACAAGACAACCUGUUUUAGUUUCAGGGACGACCUUACCAAAUUCUAAAGAUAUAAGGACAACGAGACCUUCAUUGGCAAAGUCAGGCAUAACUGGAGUAUUGGCUCCAAGAUCAGCCACAACUGCACUGUUAUCUGGAGUAUCUGAGUCCCCUGAGCCAUCAUCUGAAGUAUUCAGAACAACUAGAUCAUCGACUGGUAUAUCAAGUGCAACUGGCCGAUUUUCUGCAGGUUCAGGAACUUCUGGACCAUAUGUUGUAGGACCGGGAACAUCCGUACCAUCAGCAGGAUUGACAGGGACCUCUGGUCCAUCACCUGGUUUUGCAACAACUGGACAAUCAUCUGUAGGAUUGAGGACAGCUGAGUCAUGGGCUGGAAGAUCAGAAACCACUGCAACCUCCAUUGUAAGUUUAGGCACUACCAGUCCAUCCACAGGAGGAUCACAGACAACCAGACUGUCAGCCAAAGAAGCAGGGACAACAGAACAAGCAGGUGGAAUAUCAGGGACCACAGGACCAUUUCAUGGACAUUCAGGAACAACAGGACAAUCCGUUUUAAGUUCAUGGACAACUGAGCCAUCAUCUGAAGAAAUAAGGACAACUAGACCUUCAUUG